AUGGUGAUCGCCGGCGGUGGCGCAGUGUCUUGGAAGCCCCUGCUGCUCCCCCAAGAGGCUCCGGUUGCUACGGUGACCGCCCUUCCGAACUACGUGUGGGACUCUUUCCGCUGCGAGCCCCGCCCAGAUCCCGUCCCCGACGCCCGGGAUUCGUCAGAUCCACAGGCCCCACCAGACCGCUCAGCUUCCAGAGCCUUUGCCACCUCCGCGGGAUACUCUGCAAGGAUGAGGUCCUCGCUGACGCCUUUGGGGCCGCCCGUGAGCAGGGACCGCAUCAUCACCAGCUUCCCUAAGUGGUACACGCCUGAUGCCUGCCUGCAGCUCAAGGAGCACUUCCAUGGACAGGUCAGCGCCACCUGCCAGCGCAGGAACACAGGGACCGUGGGGCUGCGACUCUCCAAGGUGGUUGUCGUUGGCGAUCUCUACGUGGGCAAGACCAGCCUCAUCCACAGGUUUUGUAAGAAUGUCUUUGACCGUGACUACAAGGCCACCAUCGGGGUAGACUUUGAAAUUGAACGCUUUGAGAUCGCUGGCAUCCCCUACAGCCUGCAGAUCUGGGACACAGCAGGGCAGGAGAAGUUCAAGUGCAUUGCAUCUGCCUACUACCGGGGUGCCCAGGUGAUCAUCACAGCCUUUGACCUCACUGACGUGCAGACCCUGGAGCACACCAGGCAGUGGCUGGAGGACGCACUAAGAGAGAAUGAGCCGGGCUCCUGCUUCGUGUUCCUUGUGGGAACAAAGAAGGACCUUCUGUCAGGGGCUGCAUGUGAGCAGGCAGAAGUGGAGGCUGUGCAUCUGGCCAACGAGAUGAAGGCGGAGUACUGGUCGGUGUCAGCUAAGACGGGGGAGAACGUGAAGGCAUUCUUCAGCCGCGUAGCUGCCCUGGCAUUCGAGCAGUCGGUUCUACAGGACUUGGAGAGGAGGAACAGCACCCGGCUCCAGGUCGGCGAUGGAGACCUCAUCCGAAUGGAGGGGAGUCCACCCGAGACCCAGGAGAGCACGACAUCCUCCAGCCUGGGUUGCUGUUAGCUGGAGCCUUCACCAGAAGCCUCUACUUGCCGCACACACAUGGGCAGUGCCUUCCACGACCAUGGAGUGGUGACGUGAAGCCAUCUGUGUCUGCCCACCCACCAUCCUGAGCCCCAGAGCUCAGCCUCUGCUCUUUAGCAGGUUGGGAGCCAGGAAAGGCCCACACUGGCUGCCCAGGAGCACCCCCACAGCCCAGCUGGUGGGUGCACUGCAGUGAUCCUCUGGAAGGCCAGUGUCGCCUACAGAGUCGCCAGACACUCACCGCCCAGCCUCAAAAGUCCUCAGAACCACAGACAUGAGACCCUGGUGACUCAUGGCCCGCCUCUCUCGCCCUUGGCACACAUGAGCUGCCCACGCAGGCACUCUGCCAACUUUCCUGGGUCAGCCUCAGGAUCCUCGUCUUCUCAGUGGUGAGGGCAAGCAGGACUUGUAAAAAGCCAGCAUGUGAGGGAAAACCCACCUGUCAUCCCUGCUUGGGCCUUUCCUAUAAUCAACAGGACUUGCAGUCCUAGGCCUCAGAGCCCCAGGCCUCACUGUCCACUGUCCCUCUGCCACAGAUUUGUUGAAUCCCUGGGC